GCAUACAAAUUACUCUCUGGGAGAGGCGCUCGUACCAGUUCCGUGCAGACAAAUACAUCUCAUCAACCAUGACCACUUUUGACGAUAUCUUGGAGGAAGCUGGGAAAUUUGGCCGCAGCCAGAAGCGAAUCUUUGCCCUGCUCUGCAUGGUGUCCAUGCCCUGGGCCGGCGUGUACGUUGGCAUCGUCUUCCAGGGUUUCACCCCGGAUCACUGGUGCCGGGACUCUGCCGUGGUGGACAGGAGACAGGCCUGCGGCUGGAGCCAGGCGGACAGCCGGCGGCUGACGCUGCCCGUCAUCAACAGCUCUGGAGUCCUGCAGCAGAGCAGCUGCGAGCAGUACGAGGUCAACUGGAACGACACGGAGCUCACCUGUGACACACAGCAGCUGGAUCUGAGCCACACGCCAACUACUGGCUGCAAAGAAGGCUGGGAGUAUGACUAUGAGGGGAGACAGUCCUUUGUCACUGAGUUUGACCUGGUGUGUGCAGAUGGAUGGUGGGUGGACAUGUAUCAAGCCACUCUGAACGUGGGCUUCUUGGUCGGGAGCAUUGCCAUUGGCUACUUGGCAGACAGGUUUGGCAGGAAGUUGAGUUUCCUCAUGUCCAACUUGCUGAACGGGAUUGCAGGUAUCCUGGUGGCCGUGGCUCCAAACUACGUGUCCUUACUGGUGCUCAGGACCUUCUACGGUUUCGGAGUGAAAGGAGGAUGGGUGGCAGGAUACGUGCUGAUCACAGAGCUCGUGGGGGUUGAGUACAGACGUACAGUCGGCGUCCUCUACCAGAUGUUCUUCAGUGUCGGCAUUCUCCUCUUGCCUCUACUUUCCUAUUAUAUCACCGACUGGCGCUGGCUGCAAGUGGCCAUCACCGUCCCCUACAUCAUCUUCCUGUCCUACUACUGGUUUAUCCCUGAAUCUCCACGAUGGCUCCUUUCUCAGAACAAGAAAGAAGAAGCUGUGAAGAUCACAGAGGCCAUAGCCAAAGAAAACAAGAUGACUCUGUCCAAAAAUAUUGAGACGUUAACGGAUGAUAAUGCUGAAUCCUGCACUGCCUCUUUCAUGGACCUGAUCAGAACUCCAAAGAUGAGAAAACACACCUUUAUUCUCAGCUACAACUGGUUCACCAGCGCCGUUGUCUACCAGGGUUUGAUCAUGCGGCUCGGUAUUCUCGGGGGGAAUGUCUACAUUGACUUCCUUAUCUCUGGUCUGGUGGAGUUCCCUGCGGCCUUCCUCAUCCUCUUCACCAUCGAGCGCAUUGGCAGGCGGCUCCCUUUUGCCUCAGCCAACUUCGUAGCCGGGGCUUCCUGCUUCAUCACUGCUUGCAUUCCUGAAAGCAUGUUCUGGUUUAAGACAGUGGUGGCCUGCAUCGGACGGCUGGGAAUCACCAUGGCCUUUGAGAUGGUGGUGUUUGUUAACACUGAGCUCUACCCCACAUUUGUCAGGAACCUGGGGGUGUCGGUUUGUUCCACCCUGUGUGACGUCGGAGGGAUUGUGGCUCCCUUCCUUCUGUACAGGCUGGCCAUUAUCUGGCUGGAGCUGCCACUCAUCAUCUUCGGGUCCCUGGCGUUUGUGGCCGGUGGUCUGGUGCUGCUGCUGCCGGAGACCAGAGGAGUGCCCCUGCCCGACACCAUCGAUGACAUCGAGUUCCCAGAAAGAGCAAAGGCGAAAGUUGAUCUGAAAAACCAGCAGUUGACCAACCUGCUCCCCAACAGCAGCGACGUGACAUCCAACAAGGACCCAGAAGUUGUUUAAUCUCCUUUUAUUGGGGAAAAAAUAUUUAUUAAUUUUCUUUUACAUUGUUGACUUUGCAUAUUUCAGACAUCUAAUUCAUGUUUGUUUCCAACUGUGUAGCAAACUAUCAGUUUUCUAUGUUUGACUAAGACUGUGUUGAUAUUAAUCUGUUGCUUUUCCUGUCCUGGAGCGGUGUUGUUAAAUUAUUAAAGA